AUGGUAGAAGUUCAAGGUAUAGAAAGUGGUAUUGAUAAAGAAAAUCGUAAUGUAGAUGACGAGAGAACUUAUCCCAUAACACCAAAAUUAACUCAAAAAACAAACUGUGAUAAUAUACCUCAAUAUUGGAUACCUGAUAACUAUAUAAUUAAAACAGAAGGACAUGCUGAAUGGAAUGUUCAUAGUACAAAAUCAGUUACAGUAGUCAUUAAUACAUUUUUAAAGGUAUAG